AUGGAACUCCUCCACUCCCUCUGCAGAUCACAUACUUCCAUCUUUUUCUGGGACUUCAACAACUACUGGACUUUCUACAGUGCUCAACACAUCUUAGCUACUUCAACAUCUGAGCAAAAAUCUUUCAUUCCAGAUCCCCCUACUGGUCUACAACUUGUUGAUCCCACAUCAACUGUAGAUCCUUCACUUAAACCCGAUCCUUCAACCAAGCCAGAUCCAUCAACUAAACCACAUCUGUUAACCAAAUCUGAUCCUCCAACCAAACCAGAUCCUUCAACUAAACCAGAUCCUUCAACCCAACCAGAUCCUUCAACCAAACCAGAUCCUUCAACUACACCUGAUCCCCCAACCCCACCUGAUCCUCCAAUUGAACCAGAUCCUCCAACCAAACCAGACCCUUUAACUAAGCCUGAUCCUUCAACAGAACCAGAUUCUGCUACUCACCCAGAUACUUCAUUCAAACCAGAUCCUCCAACUGCACCUGUUACCCCAACCACACUUAAUCCUCCAAUCAAAGCAGAUCCUCCAACCAAUCCAGAUCCUCCAAUUGAACAAGUUGCUCAAACCAAACCAGAAGCUUUAACCAAGCCUAAUCCUUCUACAGAACCUGAUUCUGCUACUAAGCCAUAUCCUUCAACCAAACCAGAUCCUCCAACCGCACCUGUUCCUCCAACCGCACCUGACCAUUCAAUCAAACCAGAUCCUCCAACCAAACCGGACUCUCCAUUCAAGCCUGAUCCUACAACCAACCCAUCCUACCAUAUGAGUUCAACCUCAAACCUCAAGGGGAAAAUUGUCCUCUUCAAGAAUGAACCUAAAUAA